UACACAUGUAUAAUAUAAAUCGGUGAUACUUCAUUUUGUAGUUGAGUUUUGUUCAGAUUUGUCGUUUACAUUUGCUCUCGUUUGUACAUUGUGACAUUUAUAUUUUGCACUCUAGCAUUUGUCAUGUCGUGGAUGAAGCGUUCCGCCGCCGCUGGCCAGGUCACGCAGCGAAACUUUCUGCGGGAGAACAAGCUGCUGGUGGGCCAGACGCCGCUGAUGACGCUGCGUCGCCUCGAGCGGGAGAAGUUAAGGCAUCUCGAGCACGAGAGAGAAUCGCAUCGCUGGCCGCUGGCCAGCUAUGAGCUGCCGACAGUCGCCUCGCUGGCGCAUCGGUCCGGCACGCUGCCCUUGAUGGAGACGCAGCGACGCCUAUUCAACGGCGGGCGCGGGCAGGGGCGUGCGUUUGGCAGGGUCGGACAGCGUUCGGAGAAGGAAAUACAAACGGAAGACAUUAGCGACGAGCAGUUCCUCAGUGCGGCGCUGCUCAAGUGCACGGAGCAUGCGGGCAAGGAGCAUUUGCAAUUCAAGCAGGUCUGCAGCGAGGGCGACGAGCUGCCCGUGCGGGGGGCGGUGGUUGAUGGCCAGCGGGAUGUUAGCUGCCUGCGACGCAUUGCCUCCAAUUUUGAGCUGGGCAAAGUGCCCGCACAGCGCCUGCAGCCGUCGAUGCAGCACAGAGCACAUCAACGAUUGCUUGGCCACGGUGUGGACACUGUGCCCGCUCAACUGGAGCAGGAGGAGUGCCAGUCGGCCAAACAGGAUAAACUGGAUGCUGAUAGCAGCUCUAAUUCGGAUUUACCCAACGUCCUGCAGCUGGCCAUACCCGACGUCACUGACGUGGAGCAGGAGCCGCAGCUCGAUCAGUCCUUGAGUGCACGCACUCAGGCCUCCUGCCGCUCGCAGAAGUCCAAGUGCGAGGAGCCGCCGCCCGCCACCGAAACGCAGCAGACAACGCAAAUGCCCCAGAAUGCGAGCAACUGCCAGGGCCAGGACCAGGUGCUCCUAACAGAAUCACAGCGCAUCUCGCUGCUCGAGGCGGCCCAGUCGCGCCAAAAGGAGCUCAUCUGGGAGUACAAUCGUCUGCCCUUGUCCAUGGGAACGCUGCGCGUGCGCAACCUGAAACUCCAGCUGGAGCAGCAGCUGGAUCUGAUCGACAGCGACCUGAAAAUGCUGAAUCUGCCACAAGUAUACAUUACACGUGACCACUUACAGCAAAUCUCAAGUAUCUCGUGUUGAACAUUUUAU